CGCAGGCAUUGCUAUGCGACCAAGUCGAACAAGAUUCGCAAGCUCCGCCUCCCCGGCGGUCAGCUCGGGAUCCAGUACGUGAAGAAGAAGACGAAGGGUCCUCAGACUCCGUCCGGCGACCACGGCCGCAUUCACGGGAUUCCUCGCGUCGCGAAGCAGAAGUACAGCAACAAGCACAUGGCGAAGAACAAGAAGUCCGUGAGCCGGGCGUACGGCGGCGUCCUCUCCGGCGGCGCGGUGCGCGAACGCGUCGUGCGCGCGUUUCUCGUGGAGGAGCAAAAGAUCGUGAAGAAGGUGCUC